GCUGGCGCGGGAGUCGCCGAGUCGGGGCACGGAGCGCGGCGCGCCGAGUCGCUGCGCUGCACGAAGCGGAGCCAACUCCUCGCUCAGCGCCAGAGCGCGUUUACCAUGAGCGGCAUUACCACGGCGUGAGGGUGCCACGGGAACACGGCUACCACAUCACCACCCGCUGCGAGAAGAGUACCAUGGUCGCCAUGUCCGGCUCCCUCAGGCUCGGGGUCCCCGCAGAGGGGGGUCCGGGGACCAAGGGGGCACGGAUUCGAACGGGACUGGGACAGGCUCCCCGCUCGGGCCACGUGCCACCACCCCACGAGGAGGCGGGGUCGCGCUCCCCCCCUCCCUCGUCCACCUCGUCCACCUCGUCCGCACGCUCCCCGGCGGGGCCCUCGCGGCAGGGCCCCCCCGCGGGACCGGCGAGAGGCCCCGGCGCGGAGGGAGAGGGAGGGGGACCCUCCUCGCCAGGGCCCUCCGGACCCCCCCAGGGUGGCCCCGGGAAGGUCCCCCCCGUGUGCGCGCGGUGCGGACACGAGAUCCUCGACAGAUUCCUACUCAAGGUGAGUGAGCAGUGCUGGCACGUGCGGUGCCUCGCGUGCUCCGUGUGCCACAGCCCCCUGAGCCGCCACAGCAGCUGCUUCUACCGCGACAGAGACGUCUUCUGUAAACUUGACUACCUCAGGCGCUUCGGGCGCAAGUGCUCGCGUUGCGGCCGCCACGUGCAGCCCAGUGACUGGGUGCGGCGCGCCCGCGGCCUCGUCUUCCACCUCGCGUGCUUCGCGUGCGCCGCCUGCAAGCGCCAGCUCGCCACGGGCGAGGAGUUCGGCCUGGCCGACGGCGGCCGCCUCCUGUGCAGGGCGCACUACCGCGCCUUCCUGCAACAGCAGCAGCAGGCGCAUCAUCAGCAGCAGCAGCAGCAGGGUGCAGCGCCUGGCCAAGGGCAAGGAACCGUGGCCACUUCGACCGCGGCGCCCGCCGGCCUCCUCCUCCAACACGGCGCCGUGGGGGGGCCCGAGGGGGGGGCCCUCCCCACAGGGGGCGAGGGGGAGGGGGCGCAGGGGUGGCGCCGCGUCGCUCGUGACGAGCUCGUGACGCCCUCACUGGCGAGUCGCGUGCGUCUGCCGCCUGACAAAGACGCCCCGGAUAGCCUGCAGAGACUGCUGGGGGACGUGCAGUCGAACCGGCGACCUCUGGUGUGCAAGUCCAGCGGUGGCAGUAGCAGCAGCGUCUCCAGUCCCAGUCAAUGA